AUGCCAACACUUGACUUAUCCCCCCUGUCCGGUCCGCUCAUGCUGGCGUUCAUGAUCAGUUACAUGUUAUACGGUGUUUCCAUGGUUCAAAUAUUUUUCUACCACGUCCAUUAUCCGAAGGAUAAACUACAAUUAAAGAUCCUGGUCUGGCUUGUAUUCAUACUGGAAACCGCCACGACGAUUGUCAUUGGCAUCCUCGGGUGGUCCAUGUUCGGCAAAGGCUUUGGGAAUCCCUUGAGCUUGAUGGACGUGGAUCCUACCAUGGCGGCACUGCCGUUCAUCAACGGAAUAGUCGCAUCGAUUGUUCAAAACUUUCUGUCUUGGCGGAUUUACAAACUCACGUCGAUAAUAUGGCUGCCCGCUAUCAUAUCCGUUAUUUCCCUAGUCGGGUGUGGCUUUUCCUUCUUCUACGGUGCAAGAAUCCUACAAUUAGGACUGCACUUCGAGUCCACGUUUGUAGUGGCUACAUAUGUGGACAUCUGGAUAACUUGUUCUGCGGUAAGCGAUGUACUUGCGACUACAGCUAUGGUGACGAUCCUCCUCAGAUCCAGCUCCAGUACCAUCUUCAAGACACGAAACGCAAUAAUAUCAAACCUUGUCAAGUUCACUGUGGAGACUGGCCUCAUCACCGCAAUAUGGGCCGUUGUCCAACUCGUUCUGUGGUUGAAGAUCCCACGACAGAACUUUCACUACAUCUUUUACUUCGGUAUUGCACGAUUAUACUCGAACUGGCUACUCGCUACCCUUAAUUCUCGCCUAUACAUUGCCUCGUCGGGACAAGUAAUCACUAUUGGUACCCAGCCCCCGGCGCGGCCAACCUUCUGGACGGAUCUCCCAAGGAUUCGGCCUGUGGACGAUAGUUGGCCUGAUAUGGAUAUGCGCCAUCUAGGUCCAGUGGUUCGGGUAAUGACGACGAAGGAAAUCAAAGAUGAUUUUCAAAUGAAUGUUAUAUCUAUAGGUCCCUCAGAGCGGACCGACAAUAGCACUAUAUAUGUCUGA